CCUGCGCGCGGGGCGGGGCUCGCAGGUCACGCGACGCGGCCUCCCGGGGUUGCCUUGGCAGCGGAGGCGGGACCAGCCGCAGCAGCAACAGCAACCGUGGGGAGUCUCCCCGGGACCGGGCUGGAGGCGGAAGCGGCGGCCGGUCGGCGGCUCCCCCCCCUUGCCUCGGGAGCAGAGAUGACAAACCAGAUCAAGCUCGGCAUUGGCAGCUACCUGAACUCUCCGGGCGCUUCCCCUCUUCCCGGGGCUCCAGCUGACACCAACUGGUAGCUGGAUCCGACCCCGGCAACGCCCACUGAAGCCACCACUGGGAUUGAGCAACAGGCACGGGAUUUAAAGCAAAGCCCACCCUCUUGACAACGGAUUGCCAUUCGUCAUGAGUACUGAGUUAAAUGUCCCGGCCAAUCCUCCUGCCUCUGCCUGCCGCUCCGAGCCCGCCACCAAGGGCAUGGACUACCGGGACUGGGUCCGCCGCAGUUAUCUUGAACUCGUGACCUCCAACCAUCAUUCCGUCCAGGCCCUUUCAUGGCGGAAACUGUAUCUCAGCCGAGCCAAAUUGAAAGCUUCCAGCCGGACGUCGGCGCUGCUCUCCGGAUUUGCCAUGGUGGCAAUGGUCGAAGUCCAGCUCGAGAUGGAGUACCAGUAUCCACCCUUCCUUCUCAUCGCCUUCAGCGCCUGCACCACCAUUUUAGUGGCCGUCCACCUCUUCGCCCUCCUGAUCAGCACGUGCAUCCUGCCCAAUGUGGAAGCCGUGAGUAACAUCCACAACCUGAACUCCAUCAGCGAGUCGCCCCACGAGCGCAUGCACCCGUACAUCGAGCUGGCAUGGGGCUUCUCCACCGUCCUGGGCAUCCUGCUGUUCCUCGCCGAGGUGGUUCUUCUCUGUUGGAUCAAAUUCCUGCCGGUGGACGCCGUCCAGAAGAACGAGGCUAAGGAGCCCGCGACGACCGGCCAGCAUACAGGCUGGCAGGCAGCCCUCAUCUCCACCAUCAUCAUGGUGCCCGUGGGGAUCAUUUUUGUCGUCUUCACCAUCCAUUUCUACCGCUCUCUGGUCCGACACAAAACGGAGCGCCAUAACCGGGAGAUUGAGGAACUCCACAAACUGAAAGUCCAGCUGGACGGGCACGACCGAGGAUUACAAGUGGUGUGAUGGACGGGCGUCUCGUUGGACCCCUGCGCACAGCUGAGGAUUCUCAAAACAGCACUGAACAGGAAAGAGGCCUCUUGUUCUCAACUAAUUCUUAUACUCCUGGCUUUGCGUCAAAACUUGGACAGUCGGGUCUCUAGUCCUUUGUUACUGUGGACAACACUGCCAUGUUGUUAAAACAGAGCCUUUUUGCUACAUCCAUGCAGCCGUUUGAAGAUAAACUUUAUUCUUCCGAUUCCCAAGUUUUUGAAUAGAUUGGACUGGGGUGGAAGGUUUUGCCAUUAAUUUUAAUGGGCAUCUACUUUUAGGUGUGGGAUUUUGGGAUAUUUUCUUUUGGUCUACAAGUCCCAUAAUUCUUCAUGUUUCACCUGACAGACUCGCACCUAAAAACCUAAAUGUGGCUUGCCGGGAGCAGAGGCCUAGCUAGAAAGGCUUCGUGGCUUAGUAUAGGCCUAGCUAGGCCUAGCUUCCUGUUCAGAAAGGAAGCUCCCAGCUAGCACUGGGGCAGGAACAGGAAGUUUGGAUGGAGCUAGGCCUAGCUCAGCCUCAAAGCCUUCCUGUUUAAGCCUUUUCUCUCUGGUGAGCCACACCGAGGUAUCCAUCUUGUCAGAACUCUCAGAAUGAAGAAUUAAGGAAGUUGCGGUCCAGAGAAUAAGAAAAUCCCAUGCUUGCCUACUUGACAGAACAAAUCAAUAUAUUUCUUUUGAGGAGUGGGAUAAUAGGGUUUGGAAAAGAGGUCUGAUUUUACAAGAGCUCUUACUGGAAACUAAUUUAAAAGUGUGGUGGCCCAGAAAGUGUUUCGAAAUUUCAUGUACAUGGACAUAUUCUGUGGAAAGCUGUGAAAUGCAGCCACCUGGUGACCUUUUAUAUGAGUAUUUCUGGAACAACGGUGGGGGGAUGGGAUUGACAUUUGAGCCAAAAUAUCCCUCCCUCUAUCUAUUUUUAGGUGGUUGCUUGAUGUUUUCUAAUUUCAUUUCCUGUUUGCUUUUUUGUUUCAUAUGUCCUUGGUAAUGUCUGAAAAUAUUUAAAAUACGA